AAUGCUCUGACACUUCGUUGUGUUUACAAUUUUUCUUUUGACAUAUCGCAAAUUGUAGUUUUUUGGUCAGUGAUUUAUAAAAAAUAAAUAAAAACUAAUUAAUAUGAAACAAUCUGAAAAUUAAACAAAAUUGAAAGUAAUUUAAACUUACAUUUGACGAAUAAAAAUUCAUUUGUGCUCUGCUUCUAAAACGAAAUUUCGCAGUUACACGGAAAAAAGUACAAUAACCGCAGUAAAUGGGGGUGUUACAGAAGAUAUUGUGGACACAACAUGCAACGAGAACAACUUCCUUUGGUGUUUUAAAUCCGGCAAUUUGUAUUGUUAAGAGGACUCUAAAGAAACCAGCAUCACAAACAAGAUUGGCCGAGGUGGGUCGUUUGGAACCUGCAAAAGCUGAUAGUAAAUAUGAAACUGGUCAAUUAUUCCUUCACAAAAUAUUUGGUUAUCGUGGUGUAGUACUUUUUCCUUGGAAGGCAAGAGUUUAUGAUCGUGAUUUGCACAAUCCCAACAAGCAGAAAACCCCUGCAGCAACAGCAGCACAAACUACAACAAAUAUUCCAAAUGCUGGAGGAGCCAAUGUUGCGAGGGGAAAAACGUCAGGUGCUGCUGACAAGGUGGAGACCGCAGGCGCAUCCACUAAAUCCCCAUUAGAGGAAAGUUCCGAUACAGCAAAAUCUCCGUCUGCCGAAAAUACGAAUACACAAACUCCAAGUUCAAAUACAGCAGAUGCAAAUGAAUCAAGCACCAAAGAAGUCAAAGGAAAAGUUCAAACGUUCUAUCAAGUACUUAUAGAUUCUCGCGAUUGUCCUUAUAUUAGGGCCCAAACGGAGGCUGUCACCUUUUUAGGCAAUCAGGAUUCAAAUCGUAGCCUAUACGCAAUUCCUGGCCUAGAUUAUGUUUCUCACGAUGAUAUUAUGCCCUAUUCUACUACGGAGAAAACUCCAUUGCAGCAUGAACUUUUCGAAAAGUUCCUGGGCUAUGCACCCGACAAGGACCCCCCAUUUGAAGCUAAAGACACCCUUAAGACGUGGCAAGAGAAAAAUCAUCCUUGGUUGGAAUUGAGUGAUGUACAUAAGGAGACCACCGAGAAUAUACGUGUAACUGUGAUACCAUUCUAUAUGGGCUGUCGUGAAACUCCGGCUUCUUCGGUUUAUUGGUGGCGUUAUUCGAUUCGUUUGGAAAAUCUUGGCAUGAUGACUGUGCAGUUACGCGAACGACACUGGCGUAUAUUUUCUCUCUCAGGCACAUUGGAAACGGUACGGGGUCGUGGUGUUGUAGGUCAAGAGCCUAUAUUAAGCCCACGCCUCCCAGCCUUCCAGUAUAGCAGCCACGUUAGUCUACAAGCUCCCAGCGGCCAUAUGUGGGGCACAUUUCGUCUAGAGCGCGAAGAUGGCCACAUGUUCGACUGUAAAAUACCACCCUUUUCUCUUGAAAGUAAACCCGAAGAACCGACAAACGCCAACUCAGGACAAACGAAAAAUCCCGAGGAAUAAACAAAAAUGCUAUAUAAAUGGUUGAUGGUUUUAAUGUUCAAGAAGUCUUGACAAUUUACAAAGAAAGAUAUGCCCCAAUGACAAUGCUUAAAAUAGUUGAAAUGUGUGAUUGCUGAAUAUAAGCUUGUAGUGUGUUAACGUAAUAAGUUCUACACAUUUUAAGUAGCUAAUUGAAAUGUAAAUUAAAUAAAAAACAAUAGAGAAGUAAAAAUUAAA